UCCCCGGCGGGGCCGUCACUAGGCUGCCGGUUGAUUACAGGGUAUUGAUUUGUAUGUGCUUCUCCCGGCGCCGGCCGCUCCCGCUGGUGCUGCCGGAGUUCGGGCAGCGCUUCUCGUAGCGGCGGCGGCAGCUCCCACCAAACAUGUCGGCUCCCGCCGGGCCCCGGAGCGGCCCCACCGCUCCUCAGCCUCCUCCGGCCCCGCAGCCCGAGAUGCCGGACCUCAGCCACCUCACGGAGGAAGAGCGGAAGAUCAUCCUGGCCGUCAUGGACCGCCAGAAGAAGGAAGAGGAGAAGGAGCAAUCCGUGCUCAAGGUCAAAGAAGAGCAAAAACCACAGCCGACACAGUGGUUUCCCUUUAGUGGGAUCACUGAGCUGGUAAAUAACGUUCUUCAACCACAGCAAAAACAGCAAAAUGAAAAGGAGCCCCAGACAAAAUUACAUCAGCAGUUUGAGAUGUAUAAGGAGCAAGUUAAGAAGAUGGGUGAAGAAUCACAGCAGCACCAGGAGCAGAAGGGUGAUGCCCCAACCUGUGGCAUUUGCCACAAAACCAAAUUUGCUGAUGGCUGUGGCCAUAACUGUUCCUAUUGCCAAACGAAAUUCUGUGCACGCUGCGGAGGGAGAGUGUCUCUGCGGUCCAAUAAGGAGGACAAAGUGGUAAUGUGGGUAUGUAACUUGUGCCGAAAACAACAAGAAAUCCUCACGAAAUCAGGAGCCUGGUUCUAUAACAGCGGGUCACACGCACCACAGCAGCCAGACCAAGAGGGAAUUAGAGCUCUGAGGAACGAGGAAGCACCCCAAGAGAAAAAAGCAAAACUGCAGGAGCAUCCGCAGUACCAGGGACCACCAGGUGACAUAUCCACACAAGCUUUGGACAAAAACAGAUCUCAAGGGCUCAUAAGACAAGACUCAAUUAAGAAUGGUUCAACAGUAAAGCAUCCAGUAGCAAGUGACACAUCAGACAGGAAAAGAAGCCCUUCAAUAUCAAGAGAACAGAGCAGAAGAUACGACCAAAGGGACGAGAGAGACGAAUAUUCACAGUAUGCUACAUCAGACAGUGCAAUGCCCAGGUCACCAUCAGAUUAUUCAGAUAGGCGGGCACAGCGUGGGCCCCAGUUAUAUGAAGAACCUGAACUGGGUGAUUAUAGAGAUUCCAACAGAAGGAGCCGCAGGCGUUCCAAGGAGUACCCGGUAGAAGAAGAAGAUGCACAAAGCAGGGAAGAAUAUGAAAGGCAAAGGAGGGAAGAGGAAUACCAGGCACGAUACCGGAGUGAUCCUAAUUUGGCUCGUUAUCCAGUCAAGCCGCAGCCGUAUGAGGAGCAAAUGCGUAUCCACGCUGAAGUGUCCCGUGCACGGCAUGAACGCAGGCAUAGCGAUGUCUCUCUGGCAAAUACAGAGUUGGAAGAUUCUCGGAUGUCCAUGCUCAGGAUGGAACGGCCAUCAAGACAAAGAUCAGUAUCUGAGCGCAGGGCUGCCAUGGAAAAUCAACGUUCAUACUCUAUGGAAAGAACUCGAGAGGCUCAGGGACCAAGUCCCAAUCGUCAGAGGACCACAAAUCAUAGCCCUCCUACACCUAGGAGGAGUCCAAUUCCUCUGGAAAGACCAGACAUGAGGCGCUCUGAUUCUUUAAGGAAACAGCACCAUUUGGAUCCCAGUUCUGCUGUCCGGAAAACAAAACGUGAAAAGAUGGAGACCAUGUUACGGAAUGAUUCACUCAGCUCGGACCAGUCUGAAUCUGUCAGACCUCCACCACCAAAGCCCCAUAAAACAAAAAAAGGAGGUAAAAUGCGCCAGGUUUCAUUAAGCAGCUCAGAAGAAGAACUGGCAUCCACUCCAGAAUAUACAAGUUGUGAUGAUGUAGAGAUUGAAAGUGAAAGUGUUAGUGAAAAAGGGGACAGUCAAAGGGGAAAAAGAAAAACUAGUGAGCAGGCAGUUUUGUCGGAUUCUAACACCUUAUCCGAGAGGCAAAAGAAAAUGGUGUGCUUUGGUGGCCACUCUUUGGAAGAGGACUUGGAAUGGUCUGAGCCUCAGAUAAAAGACUCUGGGGUAGAUACGUGUAGUAGCACAACUCUAAACGAGGAACAUAGCCAUAGUGAGAAGCAUCCAGUAACUUGGCAACCAUCCAAAGAUGGAGAUCGUCUCAUUGGUCGGAUUUUGCUAAAUAAGCGACUAAAAGAUGGAAGUGUGCCUAGAGAUUCAGGAGCAAUGCUUGGAUUGAAGGUAGUAGGAGGAAAGAUGACUGAAUCAGGUCGACUCUGCGCAUUUAUCACCAAAGUUAAAAAAGGAAGCUUAGCUGAUACAGUGGGGCAUCUUAGACCAGGUGAUGAAGUAUUAGAAUGGAAUGGAAGGAUACUACAAGGAGCCACCUUUGAGGAGGUGUAUAAUAUCAUUUUAGAAUCCAAACCUGAGCCACAAGUAGAGCUUGUAGUUUCAAGACCAAUAGGGGACAUUCCCAGAAUACCUGACAGCACACAUGCACAGCUGGAGUCCAGUUCUAGUUCGUUUGAAUCUCAAAAAAUGGACCGACCUUCUAUUUCAGUGACUUCUCCUAUGAGUCCUGGCAUGUUAAGGGAUGUUCCACAGUUCUUGUCUGGACAACUUUCAAGCCAAAGCCUUAGUAGAAGAACAACGCCUUUUGUUCCUAGGGUUCAGAUAAAACUGUGGUAUGACAAGGUUGGUCAUCAGUUAAUAGUGACCAUACUGGGAGCAAAGGAUCUUCCUUCAAGGGAAGAUGGGAGGCCAAGGAAUCCUUAUGUUAAAAUUUACUUUCUUCCAGACAGAAGUGAUAAAAAUAAAAGAAGAACAAAAACAGUAAAGAAAACAUUGGAACCUAAGUGGAAUCAGACAUUUAUUUAUUCUCCAGUUCAUCGGAGAGAGUUUAGAGAACGAAUGUUAGAAAUCACUCUUUGGGACCAAGCACGAGUUCGAGAGGAAGAAAGUGAAUUUUUAGGAGAGAUUCUUAUUGAGUUAGAGACAGCAUUACUAGAUGAUGAACCUCACUGGUACAAACUUCAAACACAUGAUGUCUCUUCAUUGCCACUUCCCCACCCCUCACCAUAUUUGCCACGCAGACAGCUCCAUGGCGAGAGUCCCACACGGAGGUUACAAAAUAAAGGCUUAUAUUCAUAUAAUUCAGGAUCCAAAAGAAUCAGUGAUAGUGAAGUCUCUGAUUAUGACUGUGAUGAUGGAAUUGGUGUUGUUUCAGAUUACCGACAUAAUGGGAGAGAUCUUCAAAGUUCCACACUGUCAGUGCCAGAGCAAGUAAUGUCAUCUAAUCAUUGUUCUCGAUCAGGGUCCCCUCACCGUGGAGAUAGUAUAGGACGGACUAGAUCGUGGUCUCCCAGUGUCCCUCCCCCACAAAGUCGGAAUGUGGAUCAGGGACUGCGAGGGACUCGAUCCACUGCUGCGCACUACAACACCCUGAACCGCAUGGACAGACACCGAGCUGUAGAUGACCACUACUCCCCUGACAGAGAGAGGAAUUGUGAAGCAGCAGAUAGACAGCCAUAUCAAAGAUCCAGAUCAACAGAGCAACGUCCUGUGCUAGAGCGGACCAACUCCCGCUCCCGAUCCACAGAGCGUCCUGACUCAAACCUCAUCAGGUCGAUGCCUUCAUUAAUGACUGGAAGAUCUGCCCCUCCUUCACCUGCCUUACCGAGGUCACAUCCUCGAACUGGGUCUGUCCAGACAAGUCCAUCAAGUACUCCAGUAGCAGGGCGAAGGGGCAGGCAGCUACCGCAGCUCCCACCAAAGGGGACGUUGGAGAGAAACAAUGGAGACAAGGAGAUAGAGUCUUAUGAAGAAGUUACAUGGGAAGACCAGCAGAAAAAGGUGAAUGGUACAAUAACUGAUGACAAACCAUUGCCGAAAAAGAAACACCAUUCUGAGACAGAAGAAGCGGAAUCAUCAAGGAGAACAAACUCAGAAGAAAAGAAAACAGAUCCAGAGAAUGGGGAUACAGGUGCACUGGAUGUAGAAGAAAGAAGUCGCCAAAUGAAAAUGAGCAAGUACAAACAGGUAGCAGGAUCAGAUUCCAGGCUGGAACAAGAUUAUCAUUCUAAGUAUCGGUCAGGGCGGGAUCCUCAUCGAGGCUCAGACAACGUUUCCAACAAGUCUUCGGACAGCGAUGUCAGCGACGUCUCGGCCGUGUCCCGGACCAGCAGCGCUUCCCGUUUCAGCAGCACGAGCUACAUGUCUGUGCAGUCAGAGCGCCCCAGGGGAAACAAGAAAAUAAGUGUCUUUACAUCCAAAAUGCAAAGCAGACAGAUGGCCAUCUCAGGAAAGAACAUGACUAAGAGCACCAGCAUCAGUGGGGAGAUGUACACGCUGGAGAAGAACGAUGGCAGCCAGUCGGACACGGCAGUGGGCACUGUUGGUGGUGGCAGCAAAAAGAGACGCUCCAGCAUUGGUGCAAAGAUGGUCGCCAUCGUGGGGCUAUCGAGAAAGAGCCGUAGCACGUCGCAACUCAGCCAGACUGAAGCAGGGGGCAAGAAGCUGCGGAGCACCGUCCAGAGGAGCACGGAGACAGGGCUGGCCGUGGAGAUGAGAAACUGGAUGACUCGCCAGGCGAGCCGGGAGUCAACGGAUGGGAGCAUGAACAGCUACAGCUCUGAGGGAAAUUUGAUCUUCCCUGGUGUGAGGUUGGCUGCAGACAGCCAGUUCAGUGAUUUUCUGGAUGGACUUGGUCCUGGCCAGCUUGUAGGACGACAGACUUUGGCAACACCAUCAAUGGGAGAUAUUCAGGUGGGAAUGAUGGAUAAGAAAGGACAACUGGAAGUAGAAAUAAUCCGAGCCCGUGGCCUUGUUGUAAAACCAGGUUCAAAGACACUGCCAGCACCAUAUGUAAAGGUGUAUCUAUUAGAAAAUGGAGUCUGCAUAGCCAAAAAGAAAACAAAGGUAGCAAGAAAAACGCUGGAACCACUUUAUCAGCAGCUUCUAUCAUUUGAAGAAAGUCCCCAAGGGAAGGUUUUACAGAUAAUUGUUUGGGGAGACUAUGGACGUAUGGAUCACAAAUCCUUUAUGGGAGUGGCACAGAUACUUUUAGAUGAACUGGACCUGUCCAACAUGGUGAUUGGGUGGUUCAAACUUUUCCCUCCUUCUUCCCUAGUAGACCCAACCUUAGCUCCUCUCACUAGAAGAGCUUCCCAAUCAUCUCUUGAAAGUUCAACAGGACCUUCGUAUGCUCGCUCAUAGCAGCUGUGAAACUGUUGUCAUAGCAACCAGCGUUACAAAAAAAUUAAAUUACAGGUCGCAAACCCUGGUAACACUGCAUGCUUAAUGUUGUGUCUUCUGAGCCUGUUUCUAGGGCUGCAACGCGAUCCUGUGUUCUCAAGGAAGUUGCACACAUUGUGCCCUAUGGAAGGCCCUCAGGUGAUGGACUGAAAUCAUGAAGAACUGAUAGGUCUGGAGUUCAGGGACUCAGUUUUGGUCCAAUCUGAAGCCAUGGACUAAACUAAAAAAAAAAUCAAUCUGUUUCAUGCAACAAAAGUCCUUUUCAAUGGCAUAUCUGUUUUGUUGCUCCCUUUUCUUUAUUUAUCUGCCCUCCCCUCCUAAAGUCUGGUUAUGCCACAGAAACAGAGUUAUCCUCCCAUGGAGCCAUGUUACAAGUCAGUGGAUUAGCAGACAUUGGAAGAAAAGAAGAAUCUAAGGAUGCUGUAAAAGUCAACUUGCAGCAGUUGCUUGAGAUCUGAAAACUCUUCAUACUGAAAAGGUUCAAGACUUAAAGUGGCGGGCUUCAUACCUCCAGCUGUUCACACAGUGAAACCCCAGACAUGUUGGACUCUGAAAAAUAAAGUUCUGUGGAUAUACUGUACUGUAUGAAAUUAAGAAACUUUUUUGCAUGGACACAGAUUUAGCUGAACACUUAAAUUAUUUUCUUGGGGCUGCAACUUGCAAAAACAAAAAAGAAUAAAUCAGCCAUUUUCAACAGUUUAUAUUAUUUUUAAAGAUAAAUUUCACUAGUGCAUGGUUUUAAAGGGAAGAGAAUGCAACAGGGUGAUACAAAGACACUCCACGUUUAUCAUUCUUUAAACCAGUCAUGGUCUGUGUUUUUGCAGACUUAUAUUAAAAAUAAAAAAAUAAUUUCUAGCAAAUAUUUAAAAUUCUGUUUAUGUGACAAGAAAUAAGUGUAAUAUAUUAAAUUUAUUUAAAUGUAAAAGGUACAAGCCUUGUAAAGUUCAACAUAAUGUGCAAAUUGUACACUUCUUUUACCUCCUUCUUUCUCUAUCUCUCCUCCCUGUCUCCUUUCUUCCUUUUGUUCUUUUCCCCCCUCUACCUCCCAGGAUGAUCAGCAUAUUCUAAAAUGGCUACCUUUUGACUUAUUACUGUCUUAUGCCCCAUAUUUGGUUCAGGGUUGCAGAUUGUUCUGCAUUUCUGAAUUAUUUGAGAAAAAUAUUGUUUAAGAGCUUACUUUUUUUCAAGCAUGUUGAAAAGGAUUUUGCAACAUGGCUUGGGAGUACAUUAAUGUAAUUCAGCAUGUAUUUGAUAAAGAAGAUAUUUGAACUUUUGCAAUUUAUUGUACAGUGCAUGGUAACUUAUUUUCAUUUUUUCUCACCUUCAAAUUGAAUUCUACAGCAAAAUACUGGAAUCAUGUGGCCAUUGUAAGAUGUCUUCAAUAAAUUUGUGUUCAGCACCAGCACCUUUCAUUCAAAGACUGAACUAUUAUUUCUUGAAGGUUUUUGGAAAGAUGAAAAAUUAAGUACCUGAUUGUUUUUUAGGAAACAAAUUUAAGCACUUUUAUUUGCACUAAACCAAAUUGAUUGCUACAUUUUGAAAUAACAAAAACAACAACGGAUACAAAUCCAUACAGUUCUUCUGCUGUAAAGUUCAAUUUUCAUAAAUUACAUUUGCGUUGCAAAAGACAUAAUUAGGUAAUAUCAGUCUGGAAAGUAUCAGUCUUUGGUUCGUAAAGUAGCCUUAAAGAAAGCUUAUCAGUACCACUCCUCAGCUAUUUAACACCUUUACCAGAACCUGCUGCAGGUAAUGGAUCUUCACAACCCUGGGUUUUGUAGCAGACGAUGACGACCAUUGGGUGGUGCUGCUUCUCAAGCUUCUCAUUAAGUUUCGUUAUAAAGGGAAUGUAACUGGCUAACGUUUAAUAACAAAAUAACAUUUUUUUUUCUGGGUCUUUGUAUGCCUUUAAUACCUACUUAAGGUUUAAUAUUGAAAUCUUGCAAUAAUUUUUGAAGUACGCUAUAUUUACCUUUAUGGCCACACAGAAUUAUUCUGAUUUUAUUUGAAAAUCUGUUGAAGUUUCCCAUUAACAAAUUGUACAUGCCUCCUAAGAGGAAAAAGUAAUAACAGUAUCACUUACAAUGCCUUUUACUUUGUGCAAUAUCAUAGAAAAUGAGAUUGUGUCUUGUCUGCAGAGUUUAUAUAAUGGAUUAUUGUUAAGUUAAUAGACAGACUGGUAAAAUUAUAUUUAUUGAAAUAAUUUAGACAUCUGUCUACCAGCAGCAAAUAAAUACUACUAACAUGCAGUCUACAAUAUCCCCUAGGAUAUUAAACAAAAAUACAUAACCAUUUUCCUGACACUGUGAGAUGUGCUCACAUAUUCCUGUAUGCAUAGUCCUCUAUAAAUUAUUUCAAAUUUUAAAAUCAAGGACAUGACGCAUGGAAGGUUUGUACAUAAUUGUCAUUAUGCAGUAUUUAUUUUAAAAAAAAAAUUAAUGUAUUUUUUUUAAUUUUCACACGUCUGCAAUUCUACUUAUGGUUUAGUCAUGUAAAUAGUACUAUUCCAGUGAUCACUGCUGUCUUGUAAAUAGUACGUUUUAAAAAGUUAAAAGGAAUUACAGUUGGGGAAAAAAAAAAGGGCAGAUUAGGCCUGUAAUGAACACCAACUAAUGUAAAUCAAACUCAUUCUGGUGAUGGUAUUUAACACUUUAAAUAAAACAUUUUCUUUACAGAA